AUGUCGGAUCAUGUUCCAAACACUGAACCGCUCCCUUGUUCUGCCUCGGCGACGAUACAGGAGGAAAUCUACCUUCAUUCACUCUCUGUAUACGAAAAGCCGAGGUUGGCUGCCCAGUCCCUGAAAUAUCUUUUAAAACCCCUGAGCCACGGGCCCGGACAGCCCCAUUAUAUCUCAGUUUACCUCUUGUCCCUGCUAUUGGACUACAGUCUGGAAGACCUCAAGCAAUGGGCAGCCGCCAAGGAUUGCUUUGUCAAGCUGGUCUGGAUCUUCCCCGGCUGGGACCAUCCCAAGUUCACGACCCGUCACCUCCUCGUCACGGACACCGCGGCGCCGGGCCACGUGAGCUUCAGCGGGGGGCUCGACUGGGCCGUGAACAUGUGGAAGGUGGCACAGCGGCUCCAGCCGCCGAGCUGCCCCUUCCUCGGGCCCCAAAGCGCGCCCCGGUGGAAUCUGGGCCGGCCCCGCGGCGACCCCAAGCUAUCUCUCCCGCCGGUCCCCUUCAUGGAUAUGGACAAAUGGAAGCCGGAGUACCCCGCUCUGGCAUACCCCGUAGGAUACCUUCCCGCCGGACCGGCAGACGACGAGGUCUCCGAGUUCUCGGAGCCGGAGCCGGGCCAUGCGGACACGGCCUCGGUGGGCUCCAGCAGCGGCCUCUUCUCCGAGCCCUCGGAGGCGGCGGACUCCAACUUCGGGGAGGACUCAUGGAGCAAGGACCGAGGAGGGGGCAGCAGCCGAGCCGAGCGGCUGCUGCAGAGGGAAGUCCUGCGCAGGAGGAUGAGGGACGCAGAGGCCCUGUACGCCCGGAACGGAGACCCGAGCGGCUUGCUGGCGGUGCUGUCAACCGCGUCGCAGUCGCCGGACAAUUGGGACUCAGCCGGGAUGCCGAGGUUCUGA